UCAAAAUGGCGGCCGCGAGAGCGGCCGGAGCAGACCGAGGAGGGGGUGGUAGCGGCGGCCGGGGGAGCCGCUGAUUCGGGCCGGCGCUGAGAGCCCAGCCGGGAGCUAUGGAGGCUCGGGGCGGCGGCGGCUGAAAGGGAGCGCGAAAUGGAGAUGAAGAACCAGCUUGAACAGUGUCUGAAGUUUUAUAAUGGAGUAUGGGACUGUGCGCUGAUGAGCCAGCAAGUGGAAUGCCUGAGUGACUGAAGAAAAUGGGUGCUAAUGCGUCGAACUACCCUCAUUCGUGUUCCCCAAGGGUAGGGGGAAAUUCUCAGGCACAGCAGACAUUCAUAGGAACAUCAUCCUAUUCUCAUCAAGGUUAUGGCUGUGAAUCCAAACUGUACAGCCUUGACCAUGGCCAGGAAAAACCUCAAGACAAGAAAAAGAAAAGCUCUGGCCUUGCCACCCUCAAAAAGAAGUUUAUUAAGCGCCGGAAGUCUAGCCGGUCUGCUGAUCAUGCCAAGCAGAUGCGUGAGCUCCUCUCAGGCUGGGAUGUUAGAGAUGUCAAUGCGUUAGUGGAAGAGUAUGAAGGAACGUCAGCCUUAAAAGAGCUUUCUUUACAAGCAAGUUUGGCAAGACCAGAAGCCAGAACGUUACAGAAAGACAUGGCUGAGUUAUAUGAGUUUAAAUAUUGUACGGAUGUAGAUCUGAUAUUUCAAGAGACCUGUUUCCCUGUGCAUCGUGCUAUUUUGGCUGCAAGAUGCCCAUUUUUUAAGACCCUGCUUUCGUCUUCACCGGAAUAUGGUGCAGAGAUUAUAAUGGAUAUCAACACCGCUGGCAUAGACUUGCCCAUGUUUUCUGCUUUGUUACACUACCUGUACACAGGAGAGUUUGGCAUGGAGGAUUCACGAUUUCAAAAUGUUGACAUCCUCAUGCAGCUUAGUGAGGAAUUCGGAACACCAAAUUCUUUAGAUGUUGACAUGCGAGGGCUUUUGGACUACAUGUGUUACUAUGAUGUGGUUCUCACCUUUUCAUCUGACUCUGAACUGGUGGAAGUUUAUGGUGGAAGCCAAAGCUGCUUAGACGAGGAGCUCAGAGCCCACAAAGCUAUAAUUUCAUCACGAUCCCCCUUUUUCCGGCAUCUGCUGCAGCGCAGGAUACGGACUGGUGAAGAAAUCACUGAUCGAACACUAAGGACUCCAACUAGGAUUAUCCUGGAUGAAUCGAUCAUACCAAAAAAAUAUGUGAGAGUAAUUUUGAACUGUAUGUAUACUGACUUGGUGGACCUCUCUAUUUUGCACAGUAGUCCUUCAGUGGGGAGUCUGAGUGAAGUUCAGGCUCUUGUAGCAGGAAAGCCAAACAUGACGAAGGCUGAAGAAGCUAUGGAGCUUUACCACAUAGCACUCUUCUUGGAGUUUAACAUGCUUGCGCAAGGUUGUGAGGAUAUUAUUGCUGAGAGCAUCUCUCUAGACACCUUAGUUGCCAUUCUUAAGUGGAGUUCUCAGCCGUACGGCUCCAAGUGGGUACACCGCCAAGGACUCCAUUUCCUCUGUGAGGAGUUUACCCAGGUCAUGACUUCAGACGUCUUUUAUGAACUCUGCAAAGAUCACCUGCAAACAGCUAUCCAGUCUGACUACUUACAGGCAAGCGAACAAGAUGUCCUGAAGUACCUUGUUAAAUGGGGAGAGCAUCAGUUGAUGAAAAGAAUAGCAGACCGAGAGCCUAACUUGCUGAGCGGCACAGCUCACAGUGUGAACAAGCGAGGCGUCAAGAGGCGGGACCUCGAUAUAGAAGAGCUCAAAGAGAUUCUGUCCCCUCUUCUGCCCUUUGUCCGCAUUGAACAUAUUUUGCCCAUGAACAGUGAAGUGCUGACUGAUUCGAUGAAAAGAGGCCUCAUUAGUACUCCUCCUUCGGAUAUGUUGCCAACAGCAGAGGGUGGAAAGUCCAACGCAUGGCUGCGACAAAAGAGUGCGGGAAUUUAUGUGAGGCCGCGGCUGUUCUCACCUUAUGUGGAGGAAGCCAAGUCGGUUCUAGAUGAGAUGAUGGUGGAACAGACAGACCUGGUUCGUUUACGGAUGGUUAGAAUGUCCAAUGUACCGGAUACCCUCUACAUGGUAAACAAUGCAGUUCCGCAGUGCUGUCACAUGAUAAGUCACCAGCAAAUAAGCAGUAACCAAUCCAGUCCUCCUUCAGUUGUAGCCAAUGAAAUCCCAGUUCCUCGUCUCUCAGUUGUUAAAGACAUGGUCAAACGACUGCAGGAACUCCGCCAUAUGGAGCAGGUGCAGAGGGCUUACGCUCUUAACUGUGGAGAAGGUGCCACUGUCAGUUACGAGAUUCAAAUCCGUGUAUUGAGAGAAUUUGGGCUUUCUGAUUCUGCUGCUGAACUCUUGCAGAAUCCUCACAAGUUCUUUCCCGAGGAGCAUUUUGGCGAUGAAAGCCCACUGUUGAACCUGAGGCAGUCGGGGCGAUGCCGUGUGAACAGCACGCCUGCUGCAGAAACCCUGUUUACAGAACUCGACUCCUUUGUGGCCUUCCAUCCGCCACUGCCCCCUCCCCCCCCACCUUACCAUCCACCAGCUACUCCAAUUCACAACCAGUUCAAAGUGGGGUGGAAGCAAAGGGCACAGAGCCAGCAGCAUCCCUCAAGGUCCUUUUCAUACCCCUGCAACCAUUCCUUGUUCCACUCCAGGACAGCACCCAAAGUUGCCCCACCCAUCUACUUGUCUGGGGUCAAAGCUACGCCUCCCGAUUGCACUAACACAACAGGACUGGGAAGACAGACUGUGGCUGCAGCAGCAGCUGUCAUGGUGGCUGAAAAGCAAGUGGGUACGCAACCUGUGCUCAAUGAGCUGAUGCCAGAUAUUGCAAUGGGUGUGUCGACAAUGUCUCUUAAGGACAGGAGGCUGCCUGAGCUCACUGUUGACACAGAACUAAGCCAGCCUGUUUUGGAGAUCGGACCAGGACCACCCCAGCACAUUUCAUGCAUUCAGACAAGGCACAUGCACAGUUCCCGGAAGAAACACUCGGUUGAGCAAAAGCUGGAUACGAGAGACAAUCCACAGGAAUAUCCUGAUUUCUACGAUUUCUCCAAUGCCGCAUGCAAACCUUCUACUCCAGCGGCUGGCAGGCAUACACCUUCACCUUCCCAAGGCAUCUAUUUUGGCCCAGAUUUGUAUAGCCACAGUAAAGCAUCACCUAGUGGCUUAAAACCCACUCACCUGUCUAAUCAUCUCUCCCCUAAAAAACUAGAGGACCCAAGGAGAGAGUACUCGCUUUCUCAAGAUGGACAUCCACACAGACAAAAGAAUGAACCGAUACACCUAGAUGUCUUAGAGCAGCCACCCCAGCGGUUGGAUUUGGCAUUGGCUGCCCAAGAGAACACUGGGAAUGGCCCAGUUCACACAAGAGGACGAUCAAAAAUGGAAACAGACUUGACUUACGGGCUGACUGCUAGCCGGCCUUCUCUGCCUACGUACAGUUUAGAGACCCACGAAGAGCAAUCCAGCCGGAGGUUGGUGGACAUGGAGCCUCUUGAGCAUGAAGCACAGAGGAAUGCAGAUUUUGAAAGGGAAGAGGCAGUAAGCAGAGGAAGGCGGUCUCCAAGCAAAGCAGACUUCCUGUACAAAAAAUCUGCCCUCUGAAAACCACCUCCACUUCUUCUCUGUGCCUAAGAAUCAUGAUGUACCCAAUUAUUUGCAACCUUCCGCCUGACAUUGUUGGGCAGGUUCAUAAAUGCCAGCCGCUAAAAUCAGUUCCCCCCCCCACCCCUUUCUUUGUAUAUACUUGGCUUCCUUAGAAAUGGCAUGCUAUCAGUUUAUUUGGAAUGCUGCUUUGUGUGUUGAACAAAUUUUUGUUAAGCUUCUUUAAAAAAAUAUAUUUUAGCUGGUACCUUUUUAUAAAAAGGGGGGUAGCUGUUUGCACCUGUACAUUAAUUUUUGUACUAGUUAUGUUAAUUUUUUUGACUCAUUCUAAAGGACUCUGUUCAUAAUCUUCCUGCUUUUUUAUAUAUCUGUCUUUCAGCUCCCAGUUUUCUGUGUGCAUUAGGACGCACAUUAUUGAAAUGUAUUUUCUAAUAAUAUGGUGAGAAUGUCUGUCUUCAUUUUUGAAUGACUAUAGGAAUUCCAAAGAACAGCACAUCUAAGUAACUACGCUGGUUAGGUCUGAAACCUUCUUGGUUUACCACUCAUGCAAGAAUCCAGCCUAAUAUUUAUCUUUUGUUUACCGAGUCCAUGGCAGCUGGCCUUCCGUCUUUAUGUAGCAAGCCCUCACUAAUGCUUGCGGCUGGAAUUUUCUGUGGAAAGUGAGGAGUACAACUCCCCUUUAGGAUUUCGUGAAACCUUCCUUUCUUUUUUUAACCUCAAAAAGCACUUACUUAACUUCCUGUGGUUUAUUUAAACCACAAUAAAAAUAGUUAGAAUAUAUUAAGAACAGUUUGAAUCCUGCAGAUUUACGAUAUGUUAAUUUUUUCUUUUUGGUAAAGAUAUGCAGAGAUGGGAAGGUUCCAUACCAAGUGCAGAAAGCUGGGAGGGUUCAGCUUAACAUCUGAAAUAGAUGUUAAUUGCUUUGUCUCAUCAGAGGGCUGCCUCUCUAAAUAGAGGUGCUAAGAGGAAUGCUCACUGCCUUCUUUGCUCUGCCUCUACUUAAAAAACCAAGGGCUUCAGUCUUAGUGGUGGUGUUCAGCACGCCUUCACACAACUGCUUUCUUGGUGGACGGAAAUCAGAUUGAAGAGUCAACUGUUCUAGCCUCAUGAGCUAUAAGCAGUUUUAGCACUUAAAACCCUUCAUCCCCAGUCUCUUGAAUGUGCAUUGUUUGUUGUUGCUGAAGACACUGGGAACUCUGGUUUUAUAGACACAAAGUUGAGUCAUAGGGUUGAUAGGUAGAGAUGCUCAUUGACACCAACGAUGGCCAUCUCAGAAGUCAAGUAUACACCACCACUCUCUGUUGCAAAUACUAGAAAAGGUUCAGACACCACUGCUUGGAAACAAUUAACAAAGGCCUAAGUUGAUACCUUGGUCAAAUCUAGUGAAGCUCUUCCAUCACCUGAAGACCUCAGAAUAUUAACAAAAUGCUAAUUCUUAUCUUAAGACUGACACUAUUUUUGGAUACUUAACACAGUUUAAAUGUAAACUUUCACUGUUGAAUCACUCCUUUGUUGUGGGCUCUGAGAAAGGAGCUACAGCUCCUGCUGUUUUGUUCUCUCUUCCUGGCUUCUUUAGGGGAAGAAUUUUUUGUUGUUAUUGUUAAAACAAAUCUUGAGUUUUACUUUUGUUUGUGAAAGAGGGAGAGGCGUCUUGACAAAAAUUUUCAUGUUGCUUGGCAUUGUCAUUAUAUAGAGUAAAGCCUCUCAUACCACACUUUUCAAAACAUGAGUAUAUUCAGUGGGUGGCUGAACAAUACAGCACAAUUGCUGUUUUGGUGGGUUAAGUAUGUAACUCAGUGCCAUUUUGUCAUGCAAGACAAGUUUCCAUAGCCUUGCUGACAGGGUGCAUUUUAAAUCAAUUCACAGGGCUAUUCAUCAGUUGGUUCCGGUGCAAGACGAUGGCUGUGUGGACUGGCCUUUUCUAAAAAAACACAUCUAUUUUGGUCAGAAUAGUAUCCAUUGGAUUAUUCUCAGUAUGCCAUUUUGUCCAGUUUUUUUUAAGCUUUUUUCAGUUUGGUAAUAAUUACUGAGGCUGAAUUUGAUUUUGAUUUGGUUUACAGCUCUUUUUCUCUGUGUAUUCUCACACACAGACUUUUAACUCUCUUUUCCAAGGAAGUACUCACUGAAAUGACUGUGUCUGGAUUUUAGAUGUUCUGUUCAUUUCAUGUGAACUCAUUUUACACAUCCUUAACAUAAACCCAAAAUGCUUUAGCAUAUUGGUAGUAUAAUCUGGCAGGCUUCAUGUAUGAUAGGGUUUGAGGCCACAGCAUCUUAGAACUGAUAGCAUUGCCUGAGAUUAUUUGUGGGAUUUAGUUUACACUUGGUUUUUACUGUGGAGUAAUUUGCAUAAGAAUCUGUUUAAUACAUAUUGGCCCCCUGAAAACAAAACUGCAGUUUGUCAAGCACAUUAUAGGAGAGCACUGUAGGUGAAACCAAAUCUUGAAAAGGAGUGGAAUUUUGUGUGCUAGGGCCCUUAGAACAAUUGGGCCACUUAUACAAUCUAAAGUUGAAUUAAACUGGAAAAGGGGAUGCAGAAAUUCUUAAAGACACUUAUUCGAGGUUUUGUUUUUUCUGUCACAAAGAAUCGUUUGACAUUGUUCCUCCCAUGCUUCUGUAACCGCUGCAGUGCUCGUUUCCUCUGCCUCUAGCGCUGCUGUAUGCGUCUUUGAAAAAUCAUUGAUUUUGCGCACACAGAAGAGCUAGCAGGAAAGGAAGUGAGCACCACAGCAGAGGAAAGCCUCCAUGGCAGCUGGAGAGAAGUGCAAGAGAAACCAAGUCGUAGGAUCCAGAGCCUUACUGUGUUGGUAGCAUAUUCAUCCCCACUGCAGUCCUUUGGAUCACUAUCCACCCUGAGCCUGCUUGCGGGGAGGGCGGAAUAUAAAUACGAUAAAAUAAAAAAAUAAUAAAUAUACUUACUGCAUCUCCCAAGUAGCUGUGCGUGUUGGAUCUGAUUAAAGGAGUGUUGACAGGACUUCUGGAUAGCUCUUUUACCAGUGUGCAUGACAUAUUCCUAGUGUGCUUCUUUUCAAAAAGAACUUUACAUUGUCCUAUCUAUUUGUCAACAGAAUACAAAUAAAAGAUUUUGACCCACUGGAGCCAGGUUACAGCUGUUAAGGGCUUGAUUUGGCCCACGAAUAAAUUGAUCAGACAUGCCUAUUUGUGCCAUAAAUCGAUCUCUUUCAUAUUCUGCUGGCCAGAUGACUCCAUCGAACUACUUAUUCAGUCCCUUUGUCCUUCAAGGACACAUGAAACCAAAUUUCAAGUACUGAGUGUUGCAGUAAUCAACAGCAAUGCCAUGUGCUUGGCACUUUCCAUGCACAGAACAGUUUUAGCAGUUUAAAGAAAUAAUCUUUUGUUUGCAUGAAGCACUUUUGAGUAAAUGGCUGGAAAUUCCAAGUAUUUAGUAAAUGUACAGCUGUUGCUUUGAAAGUGAAAUAAUUUCUUACUGAACAAUUAGUAUAUAAAGAAAGUAUAAAAACUUCAACAAUCUUGGCUAAUUUUCCUUCAGAAUGCUGCAGAAUCUUGUCCAAAACUAAUCUGGCAUACAUACUUCUAGGGGAAAUGUCUUUGUUCUAUUCAAUGACCAAUAUCCUGAGAGCUAUGUUGCAUGAGUGCAUGUGUAUACAAAGCACUUGUCCACACAUGUGGCGUAUGUUGUGUGAUUGCUUCCAACCGCAUGGAUAGCUGUCACAACAGGUCCUGCUUGGAAGUGGCCCCUGAUCUGAGGUGAAGGAGCCGCUUUGAGAGGAAAUCCAAAAAAGCCUCCGUGCACAUAUGCCACACUGGAUCCUGGCCAACGCAUUUACAAAUAAAUCUAAGGAGAUUCUGUUAAGAGUUAUUUCUUAAAUUUUCCUCAUCUUGUAAGGUCACAGUAACUAUCUCAGUGACUGUUCAGUAGGUUUCAGGUUUUACUUCCUGUCUCUUCCUUAAUGUUAAUUGGCCCUUUCCUGUUUUUGUUCCCUCAUCUCUUAUGUAACUUAUUUUGAAAUGGGCUGCAGGUGGCACUGUUCCAACAAUGAUAUGUUUAUAGGGUGAAGUGUUAUGUGUGAAAUGCUGGGUGAAGCUGAAAAAGAAAAACUAAUUUGGUAUUUCUGUGCUUAUAUGUAUUCCCGGAAGGUGUUAAGUGUCCAUGAUGUUACAUUGUUCUUGUGCUGUUACUGGUAUAAAGUCAAGUGCCUUCAAUGCUAAAGGCUCAGAAAUUUUCUUAAACCAACUCCAUGUCCUAUGCAAGUGUUUUUUCUACAACCUGCAUAACCAGUACUUUGUAAAACUUGUUUACGCUUCAACUGUACAUACUGGUUUUUUAAGAAAAUAUAGUAUUUUUAUUUAGGUACCUCUAGAAUUGAAUUCUAGUCUUGUGUGAUGCAUUGUAAAACAAUACAUUUCUCUUUUGAGUACCAUUACAGUUGUAAAAAGGUUUUCACUGGUUCUAUUUUUCUACUGUUGCUGAGAAGCAUGUUAACACUGACUUUAUCCUACAUAUAGUUGGCAUUUCAAAUAAAUGGCUUGUCUAGAAAAA